GUUCAGCAGUUCAAGGUUUGGGCUAUUAUGGACUAUGGGCCAUGGGCCCAACUUCUUUGAGUUCGUCUUUUCGCACGCUAAACUGCGAAACCGAAUGUGAGAAAAUUUGCAUGGGUCAGGCGGAUUCGGAACGUACGUGCUGCAGUAGCAAAGUGCACGUCAAGAUCGUCUAACAUGGGGCUACCAGCUUGCAUCUGCACCAAAGUUCUCCAGCUGAUUGCCACGGUGGCGGCCCUGAUUGUGAAGCGAUUGUCGGACAAGCACUCGGAACGGGUGUUCGCCAUCAACAAGAAGCAGUCCAGGGAGUGGACCCUCCUCAACAGCAUCUCCUGGUCGAAGGAGGGCGAUGACUUCGGCACGCUGACCUUCGUGGGCUACACCUUCAUUGCAGCCGUGCUGCUGCUCACACGGAUCAUCGAGGGCACCUCGAACUAUGGCACCUGUGAGGUAAUUCUGUUGACCUGCGGCGUUCUGUUCUUCACCAUAGAGGGACUGCUGAUAUUCUUCACGGUGGAGCAGCUGUCCGAGGAUCUGCUGGUCUUUGCCUACGCAUUGGGAGCACUUUGCUUCGUCUGCGCCGCUCUGUUCGCCCUGGACCUGAUGUUCUUCAAGAACCUGCUGAAGCUGAGGGACUCCACCGCCCAAACAGACCAGUCGAAGGAAACAGUGGCCCUCAAGGUGUACAAUCUUUCGCAGGAACCGAAGGUGAGCUGCUGCAACAUGGUGCCCCGCACUCACAUCGUGAACGAAAGCAGCAGGAACUAUCUACGCACCGACUUGUAGACCCCAGUGAAAGAGCUCGAGAUACAUAUGUAUCUGCAUCUGCGUUACCUUUAUUGCCGUAACUUCGAAUGUAGUGAAACAAAAUAUGCAUUAUAAGAUCGUGCUGCUGAAACAACUAAUUGGACUCGUAUGUUAAUAAAGUUUUCGACAUUAA